AUGUUUGCAACAAGGCGGUUGGGCAAGGAGCUUAGCAAGAUGCAGGGCCAGCUUCCGCCUGGGAUAAAGCUCGUCAGCGCAGACAACUUCGAGAGUUGGCUUCUGGAUAUCCAGGUGCUUGACGGAAACCCGAUCUACGCAGGUGAAACCUACAGACUCAAGUUCAUGUUCAGCCAGAACUACCCAAUCGAGGCCCCUGAAGUAAUUUUUGUCAGGGACGAUACGCACCCGAUACCCUGGCACCCGCACAUCUACACCAACGGCAUAAUCUGCCUCGACCUUCUCGACAAAGCAGGCUGGAGCCCUGUACACAACGUGGAGAGUGUCUGUGUCAGUCUUCAAAGCAUGCUCACGAGCAACACCAAGAAGGAGCGACCGCCUGGAGAUGCGAACUUUGUUCGUUUCAACACCCAGAGACCCAGAGAUAUUAACUUUGUGUUCCAUGACACCCAGGUAUGA